GCCAUUGUAGAUUGGUAGCGAAUUGAGAGAGACUACCAGGUCACAGGAGAUCAACAUCGAAGCAGAGCUCGAUGAUGCAGGGCGGGGAGAGCGCCGGUGGUGCGGCGAAGGAGGCGGCGGCAAACCUGGGCGCGUCGGCGUGGGCGGGCAAGGAGAAGACCGUGGCCGUGGUGCAGGAGCAGGUGGAGAAGGUGAAGGCGCACGACGACCCGGCUGGCCAGGCGGCCGCGGAGGCCAGGAAGGAUGAGCGGUUCGAGGAGGUGGAGGCCGCCAAGCUGGACGCCAUCCACCACAACGCCGCCGUCGCCAAGGACGGCCGCGCGGCCGCCAUCAUCGCUGACGACACCGAGGCCCAAGCUGCCGCCGCCGCAGCCGAGACGGAGGCCCGCGCCGUGGACGCGGAGGGCUAGCUACGUACGCCUGGUCGACCACUGUAUCCGAGAUCUCCUAUUGUUUGUAUACUGUAUAUUUGUUCGAUCGAGUGUGUUUGUUUGGAGCGCUGCGUAUUUGUUUUGAUUAGCCUGGAAAGAUGGAGUUGCUGUAUUGUAGAUGGGAUGCUUGUAGUUCCAACUUGUAUGUGCAAUGCGAUAUGAUGAUCCUCUGGUUCUGAUGGACAUGUAGCAAUUGGCAGAUGGAUCAAUGCCCGCGGUUUCACAAGAAA